AUGCGCCCGCAGAGGCGUUACCUCCUGGCCGUUCCUCUCCUGGGCGCGAUGGUUUUCGUUGUGCUGCACAAGGGUCAGUUGCACCGGUCAAAAAAAUAUCCCCGGCAAACAAUGUCCCACGAAAGCUACCUGCUGAAGCGAGCCUGUGAUGCAUUAAUCGAACAGAAGAAAGGUUUUGUUUGGGGAAACCUCCUAAAAACCUCUCGGGGGAGUUUUGCCUGCAGUGAGUACUUAAUGCACAACCACUAUAUAACCAGCCCUCUCUCUGCAGAAGAAGCUGCCUUUCCUUUGGCUUAUAUCAUAACUCUACAUAAAGAAUUCGAUACGUUUGAGAGGCUCUUCAGGGCUAUUUAUAUGCCCCAAAAUGUUUACUGUGUCCACGUGGAUGAGAAGGCAACGGCUCAGUUUAAGCAAGACGUGGAGACAUUGUUGAACUGUUUCCCCAAUGCGUUUCUUGCCUCAAAAAAUGAACCAGUCAUUUAUGCUGGAAUAUCCAGACUUCAGGCGGAUUUGAACUGCAUGAAAGACCUGCUGGAAUCAGGCGUUCGGUGGAAGUACCUGCUCAACACGUGUGGACAAGAUUUCCCCUUGAAAACCAACAAGGAAAUAGUUCAGCACCUGAAAGGAUAUAAGGAUAAAAAUAUCACUCCUGGGGUGCUGCCUCCUGCCCAUGUGAUUUCAAGAACCAAAUAUAUCCAUAAGGAGCACAUAGGGACGGACUCCUCGUACAUGAAAAAGACCAAUGUGUUGAAACAGUCCCCACCACACAAUCUGACCAUCUACUUUGGCUCUGCUUACAUUGCGGUCACAAAGCCAUUUGUCGAGUUCAUUCUCAAUGAUCAACGUGCUGUUGAUUUAUUGGAGUGGUCCAAGGACAGCUACAGUCCAGAUGAACACUUCUGGGUAACACUCAAUAGGAUACCAGAUGUCCCUGGUUCCAUGCCAAAUGCAUCCUGGGAAGGUAACCUGAGAGCUAUCAAGUGGAGCGAUCAGGAAAGCUCUCAUGGAGGUUGUCAUGGCCAUUACGUCAGAGGCAUUUGUAUAUAUGGAACAGGUGACCUAAAGUGGCUAUUUAAGUCUGUAAGCAUGUUUGCUAACAAGUUUGAACUCAAAACGUACCCACUCACUGUAGAAUGCCUGGAACUGAGGCUUCGAGAGAGAGCACUGAACCAGAGCGAAACGCAGGUGAAACCAAGUUGGUACUUUUAAAUUAACAACUCAGAAUGGAAAUAAAACUCCAGCUGCAGUAGCUUGGGAAGAAUAACCUCCCCGGAAAGACUUUUCUUCUGGAACUUCAGUACGGGUAGUUUGUAAUGUCUUGAGUGGAAGAUUUGAGUGCAGAUCAUACAAGACUGGAGAGACACAAAGAGGAGGCUGAGGAAGUGGUUCUGUUGGCUUUGCUGUAUUUGCAGGUUUGGCAUGUGUGGCUGGACGGCACCUUGCUGACUUGUGCCUGACAAUAAUGUCAUCGCUAUCAUGUUCUGUAUAUUUAUAUGUAAAAAUCAUGCAUCCCUAAAUUUUCCUAUGGCAACAUAAAAUCCAGAGCAUACUAAUGAGGAAGAGUUAUCCUUCUUUGAAGGAAACUAUCAACAAGAUCUUAAAGAUAAAUCUAGGUGCACAGUUUGAUGACUCCAUACGUACAG